GUGAAAUGAAUGAGAAUGGAGAAUUGUUUGCAGAAUUCUGUGCAUUCAACGAUUUGGUGAUUGGAGGCAGUGUGUUCAGGCACAAAGAUAUCCACAAAGCGACAUGGAUUUCACCAGAUGGACACACUAAAAAUCAAAUCGACUUUAUCUCAAUCUCAAGAAAAUGGAGACGCAGUCUACUUAACACAAGGUCAAGAAGAGGAGCAGAUGUAGGUUCAGACCACUAUCUAGUGCAAGGAACCUUCCAAAUCAAGUUGAAAGCCUUCAAGGAAGCUGGUGAUAGACCUCAACUCAAGUACAACACUCGGAAACUGAAGGAUGAAACUACAAAGGAGAUCUUCAAGGCAGCCAUCAAGACAAAAUGGGAGACAUCGAGCAACAUCCCUGAAGAAACCUGUGUGGAAGAACACUGGAAGUCUUUGAAAGCUAUGUGGAAAGAAACCUGCACAACAGUAUUAGGAAGGAAGAAGAAAGAAGACAAGGAAUGGAUCUCGACGGAUACCUGGAAGCUGAUAGAGGAGAGGAGGAUGGUGAAGCAGAAGAUAAACCAGUGCAAGGAUGCUCAACGACAAGAGGAACUGAGCACAAUGUAUAAAACACUGGACAAAGAAGUGAAGAAGAGUGCACGCAAAGACAAAAGACACUUCUACGAAACACUGGCAAGUGAAGCAGAACAGGCUGCAGGUAAGAGAGACCUGACGACAUUGUAUCAAAUAACCAGGUUGCUAUCAGGGAAGAGACCAACACAGAUGAAACCAAUAAAAGAUGAAGAAGGAAAUUUAAUUACAAAAGAAGAGAAACAGAGGAAACGAUGGGCCGACCACUUCAAGAAGCUCUUGAAUCGACCACCACCUGCACUCCGUCCAGAAAUACCACCUGCAGCCGCUGAAUUACAAGUGAACAUAAAUCCCCCAACGAAAAUGGAAGUCCUGAACGCCAUAAAGCUACUGAAAUGCGGGAAAGCAGCAGGACCAGAUGGAAUACCGCCAGAAGCACUGAGAACAGAUGCAGAGACAACAGCGGACAUGCUCACACCACACCACUAUUGCAGAAGGUGUGGAAGGAAGAGAAGGUACCUGACCAUUGAUUGGAAGAAGGGUUACCUUGUCAAACUGCCGAAGAAAGGAGACCUCAGUGCUUGCAAGAACUGGCGCGGAAUCACUCUCCUGUCCACCCCAAGUAAAAUAUUAAGCCGCAUCAUCCUGGAGAGGCUUAAAGAUGCACUGGAUUCAAAACUGCGACCGGAACAGGCAGGCUAUUCAGGAAGUACAAAUCAUGUGCAGACCAAAUUGCAACGCUUCGCAUCAUCAUAGAACAGAGCAUAGAAUGGCAAUCAGCUCUCUACCUCAACUUCAUCGACUUUGAGAAGGCCUUUGACAGCGUCGACCGAGAAGUAAUUUGGAAACUGCUUCAAUACUACGGAGUACCGCAAACCUUUAUCCGCCUCAUUCAACAACUAUAUGAAGAUGCCACAUACCAAGUAAUUCACAAUGGGAAGCUCAGUGAUGCUUUUGAAGUGAAGACAGGAGUGAAACAAGGUUGCCUACUAUCCCCCAUGAUAUUCCUUAUUGUGGUGGACUGGAUCAUGCAGCAAACAGUAGGCAGCGAGAAGAGGGGGAUACACUGGACGACGGAAAAGAACCUAGAAGACUUGGAUUUCGCCGAUGACUUGUGCCUAAUGUCACAUAAACUUGAAGAUCUGCAGGCAAAAACUAACAAGUUGAUAGAAGAGGCAGCGAAGACGGGACUUCAGGUGAAUAUAGAGAAGACAGAAGUGAUGAAGAUACCGCACCACCACCAUCAACAACAACAACAAACUCCAAUCACCGUCAACGGGAGAAACUUGAAGGAAGUAACCUCCUUCACUUAUCUAGGAAGCACUGUUUCAACUACAGGCGGGACGGACGAGGACGUCAAAGUCAGAAUCGGAAAAGCAAGACAGGCGUUCAUUAGCCUGAAACCAGUGUGGAGAUCUUCUGCACUCAGCAUGCGGAACAAG